UUGAAUGGGAUUGCAGCGAAGAGGAUUAUCAUCGUAUGAGCAGUAUGCUUGCUUCUCACUUCAGACAUAGAUGGUUACAGCCAAAGGAAAAAUCUAAAGCCGAGAAAGGAGCCAGUGAGGUAAAGAAGGACACAGUUGGACUGGAGACGAUUCAUGAGGACGGUGAAAUGCCAAAUUGUUCGACACAGGAUAAAAAAAUAGACUCCUCGAUCACAGAGUGGGCUCACCAGAGAAUGCCCCUACCUCCGCACUGGUUUCUCAGCGCCAUUUCAGCAGUCCACAGUGGUAAAACCUCAACAGGGCCACCAGAUUCCACAGAGUUGCUUGAAGUCGCGAAAUCUGGAGUUUUCUUUCUUGCAGGACUUGAGUCUGGUUUUGGAUCGGUUCCGUCUCCUGUUUUGAGUGUGCCAUUGGUUUGGAAGUUUCACGCUUUGUCUACCGUGUUGCUUGUUGGAAUGGACAUCAUCAAAGACAAGAACACUAGGAACUUGUACAAUUUUCUGCAGGAGCUCUACGGGCAGUAUCUUGAUGAAGCGAGACUAAACCACCGUGACAUUGAGCUCUUGAUGUUCAAGUCAGACAUUCACGAGAACUACUCUACUUUUCUGGAGAUGGUCGUGGAGCAGUAUGCUGCGGUGUCAUAUGGUGAUGAACUGUUUGGCCGACAGGUAUCGAUUUACUUGCAUCAAUGUGUGGAAUCCUCAGUUCGACUAUCAGCAUGGACUGUGCUCUCCAAUGCCAGUGUUCUUCAGCUUCUGCCAAGUCUAGACAAAUGCUUGGGAGAAGCAGAUGGUUACCUUGAACCGGUUGAGGAAAACGAAGCAGUCCUUGAGGCGUACCUGAAGUCAUGGACUUGUGGAGCCCUGGACAAAGCAGCGGCGCGGGGAUCAGUAGCCUUUACACUCGUUCUGCAUCACUUUUCAUCUUUAGUAUUCUGCAGUGAAGCCAAGGAAAAAGUAUCCCUGCGGAAUAAGAUUGUGAAGUCUCUGGUCAGAGAUGUAUCGAGAAAGAGUCAUCGAGAGGGGAUGAUGCUGAAACUGGUGGGGUAUAGUAAAGGGGUUGCAGACGCCAUGGAAGAAACGAGGGAGAAAGAGAAAAGAUGGGAGGUGUUGAAAGAGGCGUGUGAAGGGAACUCCUCCCUCCUAUCGGAAGUGGAGAAGCUCAAAUCCGCCUUCUGAAAGCCUAGUGGGUGUCAUCAAAGAGAAGGAGAGAGGAAAGAAAGAGAGUGUGUUGUGUUAUCGUAACUCUUUCAGUCUUUCUUGCUCUAAUUUUGAUUUGUUCCGAGCUUAGUGUUGCAGAAGAAGAGCUGUGUAAUUAAAUCCAAAUACAUUUGGGAGCUGAUGAUGUUUGUUUUGGGUAUGUAAGGAUAGGAUGGAUUCUCCAAAAUUCUGACAAAAGUCCAAUUAGCUUAGCUUUUUUGACUCCAA